AUGUCCUUCAAUUUUUCCAAGGUYGACGUGACGCCAGUYGCACARGAAACCRAUCAGAAYSCACUUCACACCCUUCGUCUCCAUGUCUAUCAGCCUCGAAUGAGAAGAGUCCRGGGGGACCRUGUACUUGUYARUCAUCCUGUGAACGAGGAGCUUGAACGACARCUGUCCAAKCCAUUCUACUUCCGGCAAUACGGGCAUGGUUCAGUYCUUGAUGCUUUCUUYCCAAAAUAUGAUGWUCCUAAAGUCAUUGCUCUCAAGAAAGGUAUAGCUGGAGCAUUUCAAGUACAAUUGAAAUCCCUUGAAGACAAAAGUCGUAGACAAUUUCAAGAGCACGACGAUUCAGGCGUUUACUUGUCAAAGUACACAACUCUACACUCCAAUGAUACCCAUGCUACAAUCAGGAGAGAAUGGACCAACAAAGACUACGUACUGUUUGCCGAUGGUACACCAGCGAAAGGAGAACACAAAGUUCAAUCACAGCAUACUGCUACAGUACAUAUUGGACAUGGCCAAAUAUUCAAAGUCCACCGUGAGCACAAUGGCAUUUUCGAGAAUCCAAAGGGUAAUCCAAGAGCAGAAAAUUACCCUAAGUUCCAAGAGAGUGAACAAGAUAUUCAAGUACUCACCAGUGGAUAUAGUAAGUUGAAUCUAAUAAGAUGUGAAGAUUAUCCAAACUCUCAUCAUCAUCAUCGAUCUAGAAGAGAAACAGUGAUGAAAGACGCCGCCCACGAGCAAGAAAUUCAAGGUCUUUACCGUGAUGAACUGGUGUUUAAAGACGCUCAUAAAAUCGAUUGGAAACACGUCGGUGGUGAAAAGAUGACCUUCAGACCUUUCUAUAACUUGAUGAGGUGCUUCACUGAUCAAACUGUUAAAGAAAGUGACAUAGGAGAUUGUGUGAUGGAGAUUCAUAAACUAGCCAAAUACGAUAGCAGUUUGUUUAAACAUAUUUGCCAUCUGGUUUUGGGGAGAAUCCACCAGAACGUGACCUCCUGGUCUGUGCUGGUGAGUAUAUUAGCAGGUCAUGGCAGUCAACAUUCACAAGAUGUACUUGCCCGAGCCCUAAUGUCUGAAUACCCACGAAAGUUGACACUAGACGAAUACGAGGCUCUUUUAGAAGGCAUUUUCUACAUACCUAAAGGACCUCUUCACAGAAAACUAUUUGAUGCUCUUCUUCAGCAUGCAAAAAGAGACAGCAACCAUGGACACCAGUCGCCAAUGGCAAUGUUGGUUCUUUCAGGCUUAGUAAAACGGGCAGAGGCUGCUGGAUAUAAUAACUCGCUAUCGGAUAUUGUUGUUCAAGUGAUUCAUCGCAGUUAUAAUAACAAAUCAAAUGUCUACCAUCCCGAAAGCGAAGAGCACGAAACAUUCUUGAGAAACCAUAUAUGGGCCUUUGGUAAUCUUGGACAUCUGUCUGGACUCAGCACUAUGCUUCAACAUGCAAACCACGAUAGUUCAGGAAUCAGGUCAGCUGUUGUUUCAGGCAUGCGUAAAUUACCAGCAGAACACGUGGACAAGUUUCUGUUGAAUACCCUUCUCAAGGAUGAGCGAAAUGACGUUAAAGCUGCUGUGAUGGAAGUUUAUAUUGAGCGCCAUCAGGAUUUGAGUAAUGAAAUAGUUGAAGCUCUUGAACAUGCUUUUUGGCAUGCUGAGGAAAACGAUGUACUUGAUGAGAUGGUACAGACAUUUCUGGAAAAUCAUCACAACCACCCCAAAGCGAAGCACGUUAGAAAAAGAAGACAUAUUCUAAGACGGCAAAAGCGUGCUUUGAUCCCAGCCCAGCUUAGGCCACGAGAGAUUGAACUUGGACCUAAUAGAAGGUGGCUAAAAACUUUUGGUGGUAAAUUUCUAGGGGCCGAAUGCGCCAUUCUAUUCCGCAACCAAGUUAACCUGAGAAUAGGAAUAUUUGGCGGGAAUUUCAAGGUGGACUUAACCAAUUACGCGAGGAUAAAUGCCCAUAUCUUGAAAUGGGACUUUGACAUUGUCAAUGGUAAAGCAGCCUUCAAAGCUUCGGCAAGUUUCAAGAAUGACAUUCCUAAAGAUCUCAUCCACACAGUUGCCGACGCAGGUGACUAUAUUUUUUCUAAAGUAGAUGGCAUUACUAACAUCAUCUUAGAGCACAUAGAAAAGUUCAAAGAAAAGCUCAAGAGCCUCGUCCCACUGAAUAUACAGAAGUUGAUCGAUUUUGUAGACAAGAUAGCGAAGUUUGUCGAAAACCUCUACAAAACUUUAAAGCCGAUUAAUGUCAUGAAGAAGAUACUCAGUCUGGCUAAAAAGAUCGAUGAACCAUUGAAGAAAUGGGAGUGGUUCGUGAAGAACGUCAGAAGUAUUCAAAUAACUCUCAACAAAUUGACGGUCGUCGAUAAUGUGUUUAAAAAAGUAAUGGGAGCACUAAACAAAAUAAUGAGCAUCAUCAACAGCAUCAAACUCCGUCUACCACAUGGCUUACCGCCAAACUUUAAAAUCGAGGAUUUGUUGAAAUGGCUGAAGUCUGUAUCAAUUGACCUUCACGACAUCAAAAUUAAAGAAUUUUUCAAGUCCCUUGGACUGAAGUUUGUUCCCAAAGGAUUUCAUCUACAGAUGCCUUUCAGAUUUUCAAUGCACUUUUCAAUUUCGAUGGAUAAGUUCAUUGAUAUCUGUAUGAAAAUUAUUAAGUUUUCUAAGAACUUUCUAGACUUGUCUUCACUUCUGGAUUCACUUGAAAAUACCAGACUUCCACGUUUGAAUCUACCAAGACUCGAAGCAAAGUUUCCAAUUCAGCAGGUAAAAUGGUUCAACUUUGGACUAAGCUUCGAUUGGAAAAUCAACCUGAGGUUUGACCUUGACCUGAAAAACCCAAAUUUCCUGAAGUUUUUUAAUGUCCUUGGCAAACUUAGUGACUUCUUCAAAAGAUUUAAGCUGUCGUCAUUCAAUCUGAAGCAGUUUUUUUAUGUAGAUAUCAUGACAAAUAAUACAUCGGAUCUGUCUAAACUCUUCCCGGAACUGUUUGGUAAAAACGGUAGCUCAACUGCUGUUGGUCCAGCUUAUGUUUUACAAGACUUUUUUUACAAAGUUCUUAAAUUGCUUGAUUCAGCUGUGCCGAAUAUAACUGCCAUUAGCGAUAUAACAGACUUCUUUAAAGAGCUCGGCCCAGAAAUGAAGGAAUUUGCGAAAAACAGUGCCAAGAAAAUUUGUAGCGUCUACAAAAUUGCUUUAAAUUCGUCUCGCGACUUAAAGACGUUUGGAGAAAACAUCAAAAAACAAGGAAUAGCAAUACUAAAGACGGUAGACAAUACAACCCAAAGUGCCCUUAAAGAACUCGUACAAUACACUGUGAUGAUUGAUAGACUAAUUAAUGAUAUUGAGAAAAACUUCACUUUAGCAAAUCGUGGUUUUGUGUCGAAGUCCUUGAAGGAGCUAUCGAAAAGCCUACGGGUAAUCCAGUCACUUUCAGAUAAAGUUGUACAAUUUGCAAAUGGAACAUCAGUUAAAUCUAAUGGAGUUUGCAACAAAGGAGAAGACCUCUCAACAAAAAUAAUUGAUGAUGUCCAAAUUGUCUCAAGACAAGCGUUGUUAGAGCUAACAAGUUUCAUCGGUCCUGUUUCUCAAAAAAUAAAAGGCAUUGGACAAGAUCUUAAACUAGCGGUCAACAAUAUAGAAGCGUGGUACAAAGAGAAUAUGGAUGUUCAAUUUGGAAAAAUAUCAAAAAUCGCUCGUCUUGUUGCCGAUUUCAGGUCCAUUUUAAACACACAAAAAGGAUUUUUUGGGAAAGUCCAUGAGAUCGCUGUUAAAGUUAAUAAUAUUCUAACACACAUGAAGAACAUCCCUGCUUAUGCUCAGAAGGCUAGUGAAAGUACAGACGAUAUAAUUAAAUUUUCUGGAAGUGCACAAAAGUUCAAGGACGAUAUCGAGAAACUCGAUAUAAGAAAAGAGUUUCGUGUGAGCUAUGAUCAAAAAGUUCUUGAAUAUUGUGUCAAGGUCAAGAAAAUGGCAGAUGAAACGCUGAAUAAAAUCGGUGCUCACGAUAUCGCUGAUGAAGUAAACGAGUUUUUCACCGAGGAGGCUGAAAAAGUUAUCACAACAGCAGGAUCUAAGCUUCACCGAAUAAAGCAACCAAUCGAAGAAAUCAGAACGGACUUGAAGGAAAUAUCUGUCAUGGUGAAUAACGUCAUCGAUGUAAUGAUAAAUCUAAAGCCAUUCAGCAAUAACUUUUCACCGAUUUUGGCCACUGUUCAUAAACUCCCGGAUUGUCAGCAAGCUGUCCAAAUUCUAAUUGAAAGUACAAAUCCUUGUGUUCAGAAAGCGAUGGUUGUUGGAAAGAAUACCAUUGGUAAAUACAAAGACAUGCGCAAAGAAGUGGAAAUAUUACACGGCAUGAUCCCUGACACGUGGAGAAGUCUUAAGAUCCAAAAAUGUAUAAAAGGAAGUGCUUGUAUUCCAAGGACAUUUAUUGACCAAGCCAAAGUUAUCCAAGGAAAAGUCGAAAAGAUUAAAAAAAGUUAUGAAGAGGCUAAGGGGUAUACUGAUAUGCUUGGUACCUGUCGAUCUGGUUUGGAUAAAAUCACUCAAGUCAUAAGUACUGUCAAGUUGUUAAUUCAGCAAAAAAACGAUUUUAAGUUGAAAAAUGACGUGGAAAAUAUAAAGUAUAUGCUGAUGAAUAUAACUGGGCAAACGUUUGCUCAACCUAGUGGAAAUCCGUAUAAUAGAUCAAAAAGAAGUAUUAAAGAUGAGAACGUUAAAAUCACACGCGUCAUGGAUUACGUUCAAAAAGCAAAGGAGACGAGGCAGAAGCUUGGAGAAACAUUGAAAAAUACGUUUAAAUCAAUGAAGUCCGUUUACGACAAUCCGAUCUUAGAUCACAUUGAAAUGGCAGAAGAUGUCAGUAAGAAAGUCAAUACGUCAUAUGAACUUUGGGCGAAGACCAAAGAUGCCAACGCUAUCCUUCAAAGUCUUGGCAAUCUCAUCAAGGAAUCAUCGGACUACGCAACGAAAAUGACUGCAAUCACUAAUGGAUUUUCGAGUCCAGUUGUGAAACUACUCACAGACACCGGAGAGCUUAGUGAUGUCAUAAAACCGUACAUGUCCAAAUACAUUGGUGAAGUUGAGGAAGCCACUCAUAAGAUCAACGGGUUUUUCAACAAAGUAACUGAAUUUCAAAACAAAAUCCAACUUCGUCAAAGGGGUCUCGAGCUGUCUCAAUAUAAGAAGUGGAGUGAGUAUCCAUACUGCUCAGCUGAAGCUUGCCUGCGACCCAUUAGAAGGUCAUCAUCGCUGUACUAUGACACGAUCUUCACUUGGAAGUUUCCUCAUCUGGAUGACCUCUCAUCUAUGAAGGAUACUGGUCGGUGGCUCACACCAGGGCUAUUUGACGAUUAUAAAGUCGAAGGCAUCACUAAACUCUCUAACUCGGAGAUUCUAUUGGGUAUGCACGGAGUAUCAUCGAACAAGGGCAAAGCAUCGUUAUUGGUUGUCACAGAUCUUGAACGAGAUUCUGUCAAGAAAAUCAUCCAGUUAGGAAGUCCUCAGUCUCCCUUUACGGUCGCAAUUGGUGGGAUUACUGUUGCUAAAGAUACCAUAUGGAUAGGCGAUGGCGAGUCUAACAAAGUCCAUCGUAUUAGUAAAGGAUCAGUUACUGGAAGUAUGGGAUCUGCUGCUCCCUCAUGGAUUCCAAUUGCUAAAUCUUACUCUGUUCAAGGCAUUGGAACGUCUGUGUCUUUUGAUGAGCAGAAGAAAAUGCUAUGGAUUACGGAUGGCAACGCAGGGAAAGGAUAUGGCUAUCGCCUAACAGCGUCAGGGGAUUUACUACCUGAGGGACUAGCUCCAGACAAGGUUUUAGUCAUUGGUAAAGAUGCCCAGGGUAUGGCCAUAGUAAGGCAGUUCGGUACAGAGUAUGCAGUCGUCUCGCGAUGUGUGGUUCGGGCGGGAUAUCAAUGCAAGCUUGAAUUCCACGAUCUUACGGAUGGACAUGAACUGGGAAAGAAUUCGUUAUCUAGGGCAGUACGCACACCAUCUGGUCUAGAAUCAGUCAACAAGGCUAGAGACGAUCUCUUGGUCAUCGUAUUCUCAAGUGGAACGUACAGCGAAAAGGAUAAGAUCGAGAGUAUUGGAGGAGAUUUUGAAGACAGAUAUUUCCGUAUGAAACUCCCUAUUCUUAAGAUGACAUUUAGAAUUGCAGAGAACUGCCUCAGGUUAACUGUUAUGGGAGAUGGGAUUAUCGGACCUCAAAAAUUAUUCCCUAUCGGUAAUUUGCGCUGUGGUGCAUUACGCAAACGAAGUAUACAGGACGAGCUCCUGGAGUCCGAUGUCUACUCCCAAGAGCUUGAAGAAGUUUAUAGAAGAACAAGGAGAAGCUCUGGAGAAGUAUUGCCAUGCACAGGACCAUUCCGAGGCAAUUUGAUAAAAACACAUCACAAGUUUAUGCCUGACAUUGAUCAAUUCAUUCCUAUUUUCGGUAUCCCGAUAAAAUUACACGCCGGUGCUGGAGGACAUUGGGCUGUGGACUAUCAUCGCACAGUAUGUGUGAAAGAAAGGACGUUUAAAAUGGGGCUUAUUCCAGGUGCUUGGAUAACAGUUACUUUUGGCGUUAGUAUAUCUCUCCUUAUUGUCGAGGCAGGAAUAACAACCGAAGCGACUCUGCUUAAGACAGAUCUCAUCCCAGAGUUAACAGUAAAGAUAGACAAAUGGCCUCUCAAAGCAUGCAUCGAACUCAAAAUGCAGAUGACUCCUUUAAAGAUUCGAGUGUGGUUGUGGUAUCGUUUCAGACUUUGUAUAACGGUUCGGUGCGGAAUCAUUUGGAUUUUUCCUGUAAUUAAAUGGUGCAGUAAGAACACCCUUGCUGAGUGGUCGUUUUCUGCGAGGACAAUCGAACGCCAGCUUUUUAGUACAUGCAAAAAAGAUGUCGACAGAACUCCACCUGUAGCUGGUACUUGCACUGCUAGACAAGUAGGAGACAAAGCGUACUUUGUUCAGUGGCAUGGUUUCAAAGACGAUAGACAUAUAAAUCGUUACUGGGUUAAAAUUGGAUCUAUUUCGGGGUCUGGUGAUGACUAUGGGGCAAACGUUGGCAUUGCACUAAGUGUCGUGGUCAGAGAUCUCCCUAUAAUGGAUGGAAGAGAUGUAUUCGCUAGUGUAAGAGCCACAGACGAUGGGGGACUUGACAGUAGUUUGUCUCUUUGUCCGGUCUUUCGAGCUAAACGACUUGGACCAAAAAUUCUCUUUUUGUACGAUGGAUCUCAGAUCAGUGUAGAUAAAGAUUUCCAGUCUGACGAUUAUGUCAUGGGUCUCAAUUUUGAAUGGAACAAUGCAGAAGAACAAUGGAACAAAAAUAAAAUAGUUGACGUCAAAUGGGGUAUCUCCAGCUCUUCGAAAUGCACUUUUAAUGAAAGAGAAUUAGACAUUUAUGGCUUGGUUCCUGUUGGGGAGACGAAGUCCAUCCAAACAUCAGGACUCAAACUAAAACAUGGUUUUAAAUACUAUACAAGAAUCAUUGCUACCAACUCUGCUGGUUUACGAACAGUAAUGUGUAGUGAUGGAAUAACUAUAGACAAAACCCCUCCAAUCGCUGGAAGUUUCUAUGACGGAGAAGGAGAAACAGAUGUUGAUUUUAUGCCUUCGACAAAACGAGUUCGCGCAACAUUCGAGCCUUUUACUGAUAGAGAAAGCCCAUUGGUCAAAUACGAGUGGAAAGUUGUGAAAUACAUCAACCUUAAACGCAUCGAUGUAACACCAUUUGUUAAUAUACUUCUUUCUCAAAGGACUCCACUUAUGGAAAAUCUUGAUCUUCAGCUUGGGCAAAGAUAUAAUCUUGUUUUGCGCGGAACAAAUUCUGCAGGAUUGCAGACAACAAAAGAAUCCAAUGGAUUUUUUGCUGACAUCACCAGUCCAACUUGUAAGUCUGUGCUGGAUGUUGUUAGCAUYAACGAUAGCUUAGAUGUUGAUUUUGUGCGACAACUAAAAAGUAUACAAGCAAAGUGGAGCUGCAUGGAUCAAGAAAGUGGCAUYRCAAAGCAAUUYAUUGCUGUUGGGACUUACCCGGGAGGCGAUGAUGUCAAACWGUUUGAAAACAUGCAAAACACUAGCAUAGUSCAGUUGGRGCAMRSCAGCUUUGCAAAGRUUGUCAAUCUUGARRUCAAGCCAAAMAUACGAUACCAUGUUACUAUCAAGGCCUACAAYGGGGUCGGAYUUCGUCGAACGGUAACUUCUGAUGGUAUUCUAAUAGAYAMAACUCCUCCSUCKGUGGCUUUGCAGUAUAUCAAAGAYGGCUUCCAAGGAAAAGACGUAAAUUAUACCAGUGAACGAUUUAGCUUUAGUGCUCAUUGGAAACAAGCCUUUAUCGAUGCAGAAAGUGGUAUGGCCGAGUUUCGUAUAGGACUGGGUAGUGCUCCUGGAGCUACAGACGUCAAACCACUGAUAAAAAUUGGAAAGGCAACAAGGGCUACGUUAAGGGGACUGAUACUAGAUGCUGGUCGAAAGUAUUAUGUUACAGUGGUCGGUUGYAAUGGAGURCAGAUGUGCAUCAAUGGAAGUAGUAACGGYGCCGUUGUUGAUUUUGUACCRCCBCACACUGGCUUAGUGAUUACCGGCUAUACUGGACCACCUGUUGUYUUCCAGUGGAUWACUAAAUCCGUUUGGGCUCGAUGGAACUGGUGCUCCGAAGACAAGAAUAGAUCGACWGRAAUAAUYRAUCSUUCGAAGUGUGCAAAAAAUAMSUUCUAUGAUGUGCACUCUGGUAUMACUAGUUUUGGGCUGUCAGUAGGCACAUUWUCYAGUGASGAAUUUCUAUAUGCUUUUACUGAAGUCGGYAAAGUUCARAUGAGYGGGAGAUCGAUUGAUUUGGAAGAYRGCGUUUAUACCGUUGYAGUWMGAGCAAAAGAUAAAGCUGGGAUGRCAGCARAUGGCUUAUCCAACACUUUCAUUGUGGACAGYAGCCCUGUAAAGAUCAUCAAYMUUCAACAUGGACACCAAGGUACGACAAUCAAGUAUACCAAAGACCAUGAGUACCGAUUUCAAGCGUAUUUUGAGYUGGAGGAUGAUUUGUCUCGGGUCUUCGGCUUUCAAGUCUACGUGGGCAGCUAUCCMGGAGCAGAUGAUGUGAGUGCUUCUAAAGAUAUCAAAGUUUUACGGCCACCAUACAAUCUUGCUAUGAACUGGACUGCGGAAAGRUUUACAAAACUUGAAAACAAUAGAAAAUACUUUAUUACAGUCCUUGCUUCAAAUGGAGCUGGUUUGGUUGGGAGUGGAUCUUCACAAGCACUCUUCUCAGACACAGAACCACCAAAGCAUGCCAUUGUACUUGAUGGSUGGGGAAUGGAAGACGUGAAAUAUCAAAGCUAUUCAUCAAUAUAUCGAGCACAUUGGUAUGGAAUGAGUGAUUUCUCUGGUAUACAUUCAGUUUACCUUGGGUUAAAGAGUACAUUGGGCAAACAWGAUUGUGAUGUCAGAGUUUACGAAAUUGUCCCUAAURACGUCAACAACCAUGUUCUAUUUGGCCUCAAUCUGAAAUCUGGCUCUAAAUAUUUUGCUUGUCUUAAAGUCGUUGACAAUGCUCAGAAUGUUGCUUACUUCUCAUCGAAUGGAGUGAUAAUUGACACCAGUYCUCCAGUUCCUGGAAAAGUAAUCGAUGGUAUUGAGGCGGAUAUUGAUGUGCAAACAGAUAGCUCUAUUUUGUGGGCAACUUGGAGAAACUUCAAAGAAGUGGAAACUGAGAUUGUCAGAUAUAUGCUUGCUUUCGGUACGUCACCGGGCARCGACGAUAUACAAGAAUUUACUAAUGUUGGGCUUGUCCAGAACGCUGCAAGCACACGUUUGAGAGUKUCUAAACUAACUAGUGGUGAGCGAUAUUACGCUACCGUUAUAGCACUAAACAGUGUUGGAAUAAAAAGCACUCCCGUUUCUUCUAAUGGCGUUAAAGUCGAUGCAACUCCCCCAGUGUUUGUUAUUCGCGUGACACAUGGCUCCGGAAAGGGUAAAGUUGACAAAUUCACAGGACUUCAAUCACUGGAUAUCUAUUGGAAGUGUGUUGACAAUGAAACAGGCUUGAACUCUGUUGAURUAGCGUUUGGACUUCAGCCAGGAUCGCACGACGUUAUGAAUUUGACAAAUGUACCAGCUCAUCAAACAAAAUAUACUUUGCAUUCCAACCUUCAGCUUGGAYUAAGAUAUUUUGCUACCGUUAUUUGCAAGAACAAAGCAGGKCUCAAGUCGAUAUCAUCGUCGGUUGGUGUAGUUUAUGACAAUACCCCUCCCCAAGGGCUAAAUGUUUUUGACGGUGACUAUCAAAAUUGUACAAGUGAGAUGACAGUUCAGUGGAAAUUCAUUGACAUCGAGAGUGGGAUCUCAARWUAUCAAAUCUUURUAGUUAACUCURACCAGUCUUUCCAGCAAGGACCAUACGAAUUUACGGGCAAUGUCAAAUCAGCAUCAAUUUCUUUUAAGCUUCCGCUUGAAUUUGGUAAAAGAUAUUAYACUAAUGUCACUGCKUAUAACGUUGUAUGGAUGMAAUCAUCACUACUUUCAGAUGGAUUCAUUAUUGAUAAUACUGCGCCAACUUGUAAAAAUGUAUGGCAYGGUAACAAAGARAUUCAACGUUUCAUCGGAAUUACAAGUACUCUUCUUAUUUCAUGGGAAUGCGCUGAAAAUGAAUCUGUAAUCACCCAGGUUCGCUUUGCAGUACAAGAUAUGAGCAAUCAACAUUUCGUAUUGCCRUUCCAUUCCAAGAAAGAAAAGCUGAAUGCAACAGGGACAACUUUGGUGACUGGAAACGGAAAAUGGCUUCCUAAAUACGAAGAAGGAAAGAAGUAUCGAGUUGGUAUAGAACUUACAAAUAAAGUUGAUCUAAAGUCUACUUUCUGGACAAAUGGGGUCCUCGUAGAUAGUACACCWCCAGUUGCGAAUAAUUUAAAGCUGAAAUUCAAUCCURYWAGUAAUACCAUYGAUGCUAGCUGGAAGCUAAAAGAYGAGCAAAGUGGGAUAGCCUCUUUAACUUGGGGUCUGGGAACAAGAUCUGRAGAUCCUAACAUUGUUAAUSAACAGAAAAUUGACAAAGCAACCUCUGCUUUGAGGUUAGGUCAAUCUCAAGUUCAAGUUCAACAAGGAAAAUCUUAUUWCUUUUUCUUGUUUCCGACUAACAAUGCUGGBCUCUCAAGUAAGGCAGUGUCAAAUGGAAUCGUAAUUGAUAGAUCUCCACCAAAAGCUGGAAUCGUUAUAGCACAGUAUGCUUUACCUCUAAACUACGAUAGAAAUAAAGAUAAAGUUCCUGGAUCUUCUUUGAGUGUGUCGUGGACAGGCUUCCUAGAYGAGGAAAGUGGRAUAGCAGAAUACGGUUGGGCAGUUGGAASCGKCUUGGAAACUGUACRAAACCUUGAUGAUAGUUAUUUCACGGACAUUCCAGUCAAYCAGUCAAUUGGUGGUGUACAAAUCUAUAAUUUUACUCUAGUUGGRAAUACAACGUAYUUUGUGUGUAUCAGAGCAACGAAUGGAGCUGGACUGCAAAGGACUAACUGUUCAAAUGCUAUGAWAGUCGUACUUGGCAAGUUUUCUGCAGGCAUUGUUAAUGACGGACCCAUGAAUUUUAARAAAGAUCUGGACUUUCARCUUGAUGAUAGAGCCAUAUGGGCACAUUGGGAUGGAUUUGAAGAUCCUGUGUUUGGUGUGUCUGAUUACGAAUGGUGCAUUGAUGACCAUCAGCCAGUACCCUCUUCAAACUUCUUGUGUAAAUGGUCUUUUAUGAAAGUUAACCAUCUUCGCAAAUAUGCUCACCGMUUUUAUAACAUCACACUUUCUCAKGGGAGAACUUAUUACGCAACAGUAAGRGCCUUYAAUAGCAGAGGAGAAAGUGUUUACUCGACAUCAGAUGGUGUUUUAGUUGAUCGAAGUAUCCCAUAUGGAAAUGUAAUCCAARUAUCACCAACUACUGGYAAAGASACGCUAUUCAUAAGCUCUCUCUCUCCACCAACUAUCACGUGGGAAAUGGAYGAUMAAGAAAGCGGCAUAAGCUWUUUUACAGUCGGUGUCGGAACGUAUCCAAACCAWGACGACCUAKUGCAGUUUACAAGACUUARCAGCCUGCAGAGAUCUGUUGAUCUUGAUGACCUGAACUUCACCAUGUCACAUGGUCUCUCMUUCKUCGUARCAGUUACUGGUUACAACAUGCUUGGUUUAAGAUCAACUUUGUCUUCACAGCAAGUUGUAGUCGACUUGACACCACCAGAGUCUGGUGUUGUCUACGAUGGUAAUAGCACAUAUCAAAUUGAUGGCCUCCGUUUAGAUUCCGAUUAUCAAACAAGCUCUCAAGCUUUGUCUGCCCAUUGGUUURRUUUCGAAGAUCAGGAAAGCAGAAUAGUGGAACAUAGAUGGUGCAUUGGAUCUAGGCAAGGUUCGUGUGACAUAAUUGCCAUGACAUCAACUGGUCUAGAGACAUCUGCAACAGCACACCUAAACCUGCAACAAGGAACUCGUUACUUUACCACAGUGGAAGCCRAAAACUCUGCUGGACUGAAGGUGCUGACGUCAUCUGAUGGAGUUACARUGGACUCCAGUCCACCCAUCAUCGGCAUCAYCUCUUUUGUCCAGCCAAGUGAAGAUACAACUUUAAAAAUGGUGAAUGGCGUAUUUUUUCAAAGUAAUGGAAAACAMUUUMAACUUGAAUGGGGCCAAGUAUCUGAUGAUGAAAGUGGUAUUGCUAGUUUACUWUAUUGUGUGGGGAAAAAUAGAAGYGUGUGUGAUGUUAAGGAAUGGACAGUGUUAGAACCUGAAGCUUCGUCAUUAUUGGGAAAUUUUGAAAMCCCUCUWUCUUCAGGAACAACAAUAUACGUUUCUUUAAAAGCUGAAAAUGGUGCUGGCUUAAGAACCAUAAAGGAGUCUGAUGGACUUCUUCUAGACUGGUCGCCRCCAACUGUCCAAGCGGUGACUGUAGGAAACGUAGCAGSAACGAAAUAUCUACAAGAGGAUGAAGGUUUUGAAGCAAAUUGGAGUGACUUUAAUGACCCUGAAAGUGGAUUGGAUCAUUAUGAGUGGGCAGUGUGUCAAGCAGUCAACCUAGAAGAAUGCUUGACACCUUUUAUUGAUACAGGACUAUCGACGAAAAUAAAGAACGAUAACUUAGACCUAAAGCCAGGCAUUUCAUAUGYACUGAGAGUCAAAGCAUWCAACAAAAUUGGACUUCAUAGCUCCGCUAUUUCCAACAUUUUUGUGACUGACAACUCGUUACCAACCCCCGGUGACGUUUUUGACGGCAAUGACCCAUCUAGUGAUCAAAGUGUACAAAGCUCAUCCAAGACCAUUUCAGCAAACUGGGAUCCAUUCAAAGMUACAAAUUCAAGGAUAAUUAAGUACGAGAUGUGUAUUGGAAGUAGACAAUCAUUCUGUGAUGUGCAUCCAUUUCAAAGCAUUGGUGAUACCYUUGUAGGUGAAGUUACUGGACUGARCUUAGCUCACAAGCAGACAUAUUACACAACUAUUCGCKCAACGAACGACGCAGGAUAUCAAGCGUCAGCAUCAUCGWACGGCRUCAAGAUAGACAAAACAUUGCCCGUGGGAGGGUCAGUACGAGAUGGUAGUGACUCKGAAGAUAUUGACUUUCAAGCAAGCGGCACAUUUAUUUCUGCCAACUGGGAUCAGUUUACUGAUGAGGAAACUGGAAUUUCCAAAUAUGUAUGGUGCGUAGGAACUAUUCCAGGGUCGUGCGACGUUGUUCAAGAAAGAGAAAUCACUGAUGGUAGAACAAAAGUUCAGAUCCAGAUCAACCCWUCAGUUGUUUCUGGAGUAUCAGUCUUUGUAAAAGUAACAGCAGUGAAUGGCGCUGGUGGGAUGAACACCUUGUAUUCUGAUGGAGUGAAGAUUGACAACAGCCCUCCCGAGGUUAAGAAGGUCAAUGAUUUAGAGACAAAUGGCAGUUUGGCUGACAUUGAUUUCCUUACAUCGAAAACAAAGUUCUGUGCAUCAUGGGACGCMGCUGACCAGGAGAGCGGGAUACUCAAGAGUGAAAUUUCAGUUUGUACAGAAAAUAACCGAAAGAACUGCCUGGCCAKUUCUGUUGACGUUGGAAACYGCUCCCUUAUUUGUAUGUCUAACUUGGAUUUUAUACCUGGUGUGAAAUAUAUCACUACUAUCAGCGUGACUAAUGCUGUAGGACUAAGUACCAGUGCAGACUCUGAUGGAUUUACACUUGAUUUCACUCCACCAGUAGGUGGAMAGGUCAAAGUUGGAAACACGUCUAGUGACGUGGAAAGCRCCACAGAUAACUUUGCAAGUUCAGCUAUUAGCGCAAGUUGGAAUGGGUUCUGGGAUAAGGAAACUGCGAUAGUGAAAUAUCACGUCUGUCUUGGGAAUCAUUCAGGCUCUUGUGAAGUUGAAGGCUGGAAAGAUGUGGGACUAAGUACGGAGUAUACAUUUGACGGCACAGACCUUACAUCCGAAAGUAUAUAUUACGUUUCAGUUGUUGCUGAGAACGAUGCCGGUCUGAAGAGUAUCGUGGAAUUUUCGCAAGGAAUAAUCAUCGAUAAAACAGUUCCCAUUUCUGGUGGCGAUGUCGUCUAUGACGGCAUUGAAGAGGGAUCAGACAUCGAAUUCCAGCUAAUUGACUAYGAAAUCAGUGCUAACUGGAAGCCAUUCGAAGAUCCAGAGAGUGGCAUCCUARAAUUAACAUACUGUGURGGUACCACUCCUGGUAAUUGCGAUAUUCUCUCGCGGCAAAACUUGUCGCCAUGGCUACAYAAAAUACGUAAGAUACUCACACAGCCACAAAAAAAUGGUCAMCGGCUUUACGUUACUGUGCAGGCUACAAAUGGCGCCGGUAUAAAAAAGACAUUAUCAUCAGACGGUGUCACCAUUGACAACACUCCAYCCAUACCUGGACAGGUGAAUGRUGGRAAUUCAUCUAAMGAUAUCGACUAUCUUUUUGGGGAGGAUGACGUCUACGUGACGUGGUCGAACUUCAGGGAUGACCAAAGUGGCAUCAAGAACUAUGAAGUAGCGAUUUGCGAAGCUAUAAACAUUAAAGAAUGCCCCCAAAACUAUACAAACGUCAACAAUGUCACAAGUGUUAAGAUUACAGGACUAGAUUUACAUAGUGGAASAUUGUAUCUUGCCAAAGUGAAGGCCACCAACCAAGCGGGUUUAAAGAYAGAAGUGUCAUCGAAUGGUUUUGCAGUUGACUUUACACCCCCUGUCGCAAAGGUUGCUUGGAUUGGACCCAGUGUCGUACGAAAARCGCAGUACGAAGCACACGAUAAAAAGCUUCAUGUUCGGUGGUUUCCAUUUAUUGAUGAUGAAAGUGGAGUUAUGCAAUAUGAAUUGUGUGUUCAAUCGUCAACAUCAUCUGCCGAAUGCACGCCUUAUCAAAGUGUAGGGGAGGUAACCGACUAUGAGCUCACAGGACUAAAUCUCCAGCAUGGUCAAUCCUACUUUGUCAAUAUUAGAGCUACCAAUGGYGUUGGGAUGACUGYGUCUACGAGAACAAAGGACAUCCUAAUCGAUACUACUCCGCCUAAACUUGUUGAUCAAUCUCCCGGCUCCCAUGUGCAUUUCUUUUGUACGGAAGAGCUUGUUAGCGUUAACUGGGAYGAGUUUGAAGAUUCUGAAAGUUACGUGGAUAGAUAUGAAUGGUGUGUUGGGACAGCACCUGGAAAAUGUGACGUCACAGACAGAAAAUCUGURGGACUCAAASUGAUUGGYCGAGAAAUUGUGAAGAGAUUACCAUCCGGAAGCCRUCUCUAUGCARCUGUGCAUGUGUUCAACAAAGCUGGGAUAAAAUCAGUUSUAAUGUCAAAGCAAUGUMUUGUCAUUACAGUUGCUCCUAUGGUAAACAUGGUGUCUGAUUUGGAAUAUAACAGCUYUUCAGAWGUCGAUAUUGACUGGACAUCAAAUAUUAAAACGCUAUCCUUUCAAUGGAGCACUAUCGGGAAAUUCCUUGAUGAUAUCUCACGCCUUGAGGUAGCUGUCACSCGAAGAUCAAAACAUACAACGUUGCCKAGACUUGAACYRGAGAAGUCGUGGAAAGGAGAACCAAUAGCGCAACCCUUUAUGGCUCUCCAUCCCGGUCAACRAAAYGUUACWAUAGAAACUAUUCCUAUUGCACCAUGGGAAGAGUAUCAUGUUGUUAUACGGUUGUUUAAUGGUGGAGAUAUAUAUACCGACAAAAGCAGUGACGGACUMCGCAUCGAGGCGAGUCCACCGUUGACUCGUAAKGUAGACCUUUUAAACAGCGCAGAKGAGGAUGAGAGAAAAAGAUGGYUACCGGAUAUGCAUUUGCCGUUGUUCAAUUUGACUGAACUUGAUCCUGACGUAAAUUAUGUAUCUUCSCCAGAUGACAUCUCUAUCGUCGUAAKUGAUAAACCAAAUGGUACUGACGCAUCUCUUGCCAACUUGAAUAGAGUAUUGGACAGUGAGUUCAGUCCAACUGAGAUUUUUAAACUUGUGGUGAACAGAGUUACGUCAAACUCGAAUGUGACUAACACGACCGAGCAAAGCCUAGAAACUAAGAAGYUCCCAGGGUUUGCAAUCCCUUCYGGGCCAUGUUGUACUAAUCAAAMUCCUCAUUGGCUUGUUAUUGAGUCAGACUUCCAUUACAAACCAACUUCAAGUAGAAAGAUGUUUGGAUCCUGYGUUUUACAAUUGCCUUAUGAACUUGUUGCUGUAAGUUCAUCUCAUGCACUUUUCAUUUUCUCUAAGAAAAAUCGACUUCAUAAGACCAAGRUCUUUUCUGUUGGUGACCAACGAACGAUUUCUAGUUUGUCAUACUCCGAAAACCACUUGGCAGUAGCGUCUAAUUCUCAUAUAAGCAUCCUGAGGCUUAGGUUUAACGGAAACGGCGAGGCAAACWUAGAUUUAGAAGCAUCAUURUCAGCAUCUAGGUGGCCAGGCAUAACAGCUGAAGCAGUUGCAAUARAGAACACCACGUUGGUCACAAGUGGAAAAAGUGCAUCUUUGAAUACASCAGUAGUUUUARUCUUCAAGGGUAAGAAUGGAAUCUGGAAACUUUUAAAAGUACUGCGAAGAUCAGAGAGAGACCUUGUUUUUGGUAACUCACUUGCUUUAAAUGGURAAAUCCUUGCAGUUUYGGCGGGAAAUGAUAAUGUGAUUAUAUAUUCAGCCUACGACUACUCAAUAAUACGGAAAAUUGAUUUGAAGAACUUUUAUGUAGUUAAGCCUUCACUACGCUUGACCAAAGGUAACGCUUUGGUUGCUGUUUCAAAGAAGCCAAACGGAAAAGUUGUAGUGAUUCAAAUAAACACUUCUUUGAAUACAACGAAAACUGUUUGUUCUUACGAUGUUCCAGCAGAUGUCCGCCUUAGUGGUAAAUUUGACUUGAUGGCAAGGGAUGGUGGGACGGUAGUCGCGCUUGGGAUGCAGACAAUGAAAGGUCGUGAUGGAGUGAUACUUACAGGAUUCGACGGAAGCUAUGCGUACCAUCCUUUCCACGAGAAAGGUAAAUGUAUUGGACUUGGAAGAAUCAUAGCUUAUGAAGACGUUCCUCGUGUAGAUGACGGUACACCACGUGCGAGUGUUUCCGCCGAAGGAUCAACAAUUCUCUUUGGUGCACCCGGAAUGAUGACGUGGUCAGGUGGAAGUGAAGAAGACGGUACCGGACGCCUUUAUAGCAUGGUUCAUUGCCCGAGAAACUAUAAAAGAAUUAGGAAUUCAAAUAUUAAAGUGCAAGAUACAUUUCAAUGCGCGCCCUGUGAACCAGGUAGGAAGUCUCAUGGAGCUAUAACGAGUAUUUGUGAAAUUUGCGCAGGUCGUAAAUGUGCAUUGGCACUUGACGAUGAUCCCAUUCAUUUUGUAACUAAGAUUUGCAAUACUUCCCAAUGUCCUCUUGUUAAGAAGUUUGAUAAUGAAACAAACGCCAUGAAGGUUCAACAAGCUGAGCAUACUUUCUUCGAAGAAGGCGCCUUCAACGAAUAUACCGUCCACGUUAUUGAAAUCACCCGCGCAAAGAUGUCGACAACAUCAAAAUCAAAGCCGUUCAUCAUAGAUACAACAUCACCUACUGUAGGCACCGUGUACGAUGGACUUGGAAGCGAUUCUAAAACAAAUUGUUCCAAAAACGAAACCUUUGGUGAGGACAGCCAAUGCUCCACCCGCAAAUUUCARGAUACAGAUAUAGACUACACAAACAUAACAAGUGAAGUCCACGCGCGCUGGGUCGACUUUGCUGAUAAUGAGAGCGACAUCGCAGAGUAUUUCUUUUGCGUCGGUUCAAAACCAAUGAAGGAUGAUAUCCGUCGAUGUGAAAGUAAUGGGUUAAGACAAAAUGCCAGUAAAUUCGAUUUCGACUUCAAGCAAGGUGACACGUAUUACGUGACGGUCGUAGCGUGUAAUGGUGCUCGACGGUGUUCRGCUGGAUAUAGCAAUGGUGUUACCAUAGAUACGACMCCACCUGAAAUGCUGUACGUACGAGAUGGUGUUCUUGGUCCUGACAUAGAUUAUCARGUCUUCGUCGAUAUCAUAUUUGCGUAUUUCAAAGCCAGUGAUCCGGACAGCGGCGUUGCGUCAUACGAAGUAGCCUGGGGCACUUCUCCAGGAAUGAUCGACACUAAGGAAUUUGAAGAAAUAGGAAACACAACUAUCUGGUUUGCUCAGUUCGAAGACAACUCCUUGAAAAAGAACACSAAGUAUUAUGCCACGGCCAGAGCCACAAAUAAAGCUGGUCUCAUGUCAGAAGAUCUAUCCUCCAACGGUGUACUUGUUGGAAAAUCGGAGUAUGUUUUCGAUCAAAAUGCGUCUGCAUCUUUCUUCUUUGACUCAGUUAAUAUGAAUCCUAACGGAACAAGGAAGGACGGGGGUGUUGGACAAACCUAUGGCACUUUAGAUGUCCCUCAAGGAGCCGUGGAAGAUAAAGCAAAGCUCACUUGUUACAGUCUUGAUGAAAUGACCUUGAAGUCGAACAAUUCAGAUGAUGGUCCUGUUGCGAAUCCAGAAACAACCAAACCCAAGCAAUUUAUGCUUGGCAACUACAGCUUCCAAAUCAAAGCUCAUGACCCUCAGAACAACACCCUAAUGGAAGGCUACAAGUUUUCUAAGCCAAUCAAGGUCACCAUGUUUUAUGACGUAGAUAAUUUARUUAAUGCAAAUAGGCGAAUUGUCAACAAUGAUCUGAAUAAGGAAGAUGUUGAUCCUGUACUUUACUUGUGGGAUAUAAAAAAUCAGACUUGGAUCAAUGCCGCCCUAUCAUGUGAAGAACCUUGGUCCCAUGUAAACAGAUCGAUUAAAAUGCUCACUGUUCAGAUCUGCCAUUUAACACAGUUCUCGUUUUUCUGGACGUUCAAGGCUCAGAGAGGCUUAAUGAUGUUUGAUAAGAACUCUUCAGUGUAUGAUUCCAAUGGAAAUAUCUACAUCGAUCGACAAUCAAGCGCCCAGGAGAUCGAAUUACCGGUCAAAAGAUCCAAAGGCUCAUCGGGAAGCAUUGAGGUCUACUGGUCUCUCCACAGCAACCAUUCAGACCUUCACAAAAUAAUGUGGCCUGAAUCAGGGAAAGUACAAUUCCAGGAAGGUCAGUGGGACGCUUCUAUCUCAGUGGUAGUCACAAGUGAUAAAGAAAAAACAGAUGAAAGGACCAUUUUUGUUCGACUUACCAAUGCAACUGGAGGAGCAAUUCUUGCAUCCAAUGAAUCGACUUCAACCAAAUUUGCCAUUUCUUCUAAUCUUGUUGCUGUUCCCAAAACAUCAGCAACCAAAAGUGUUAUCAUUGGUGUAUCCUCAGCCAUAGCAGUAUCAUUGCUGAUCAUACUCAAUGGGGUUAGGCGUCAGCCGUGAAACAUCUUUGUAAGAAAUGAAUACGUGUGAAAAUGCAUGAGAAAAAUAUGAACUUUCAAAGCUUGUGGUUGCCGGACCUGGGUAACAAAUCAAUCAUAAAUUGAUAAAAAUUGGGCAAAAAAAAACACGAUAAAUUCAACGAUAUAUGCCAUUUUUAGGCGUGUUAUUGAGCGUCCCAAAGGGGUUUUUAGGGAACAGGGGGACAAUGUAAAUUUAGCUACGGAAACAAGUAAACAAAGUGCAAAAAAAUUUAGGGAACAAUGCAACACCAAAUAGAGUGAGGAACAGGAGAACAAAUCCCCUUUCACUGAGACAAAAAAAUGUCAGAAUAAGUCAAAAAUGAUAAUGUUAAUAAAUGUGCUUAUAAUAAAUAUUUUUCCGCGUUA